UUUCUCAGACGUCAUCGCCGAAUUAGUCUCGCUUGACCUGCUUGCACCUUGCUCGAAAAAGCUAUUUCAUGGUCUAAUUGUUGCUGGUAGGGAUGAUGAAGAUGAAGUCGUGUUCUUAUCUAAAGGCCACGCAAAUUGUUGCUUUCUUGCAAGGAUGUUGGUGUCAAAACACUCAAGUGUUUUGGGCACAUAGCCCCUCUCCUCCCCCCCCUCCCUUCCCCUACCACGACCUUUAGUAGAACGUGUAAACACCGGGGCAAGAGGGUCGUGAGUCAACUGUUGCCUUCCAAAACUUGCUCUUUUUAUUUAUUUUUUUAGCUCUCCCUGGGUGGUUCCCUAUCUUGCAAAUCCUCAUUGCACACAGACAGAGAGUGUUGUUGUGUUGCCUGUGGUCUCUUACUGAUCAGCUUUCCUGUUGCUGCAGAGCAACUGUGAGCUGUGAGAUAAGGACAUUGAGAGCACAUGCUCGCGCAGCCCAGAGGGAAAGGAGGUGAAGAGUGAGGGAGGGAGGGAGGGAGGGAGGGCAGACAACCCGAGUCACAGAGAUAUUCAUUUGAAGGGCGUGAAGUUGAUUAAUUAGAAGAAAUAAGAAAGGGAGGGCUGCGCUCUGGUCGAGGGCUGCUCGAAUGGAAGUGUGUGAGGCGAUGUCUUCGCCAGACCUGAAAGAACCCCGGCGCAUGCACGGAUUAAGGAGACCUGCAUAAAUCUCGAGAAUCAGGUCGAGGGGGGAGUGGAAGGAUUUGAAGCAUCCGAGGCCUGAGGAUCCGAGAGCGGGAUAUGCAUGUUGAUGCACUUUGACUCAGCUGGCAUGCGGGCGAGCGGGACCAAAGGGAGGAUCGGGGCCUUGUUAUUUGAUCCGCCGCUCGAGUCCAAGUCGAGGCUAGGUAGUCGGGGGCGCUCGCGCGAGACGGGACGGACAUUUUGAAGCGGAGCCUCGGGCGGCGAUGACUCAGAAGAAACUGACGCGACAGCUGACGUUAUGGGACGGUCCGGAGGGGCCACCUCCGGCCGACUCGAUCACCUCGCCCAUGUCGCCGGGCGAGCAAUCCCGCGGACCCACAGGAUCCACCUUGUUCCGCCGACUGAAACUGAACCGAAGCAUUCAGGAGCGCAGACGUUUAUCUCAGAGUCACUGCAGCUUCGAUUCAGAGAAUGGCCCGUCGCCGGGACGAAGUCCGAUGGAUUCGCAGGCGAGUCCUGGCUUGGUGCUGCACCCUUCUUUCCCUCAGAGCCAACGCAGGGAGUCCUUCCUGUACCGCUCCGACUCCGACUACGACACAUCCCCCAAAACUAUGUCACGCAACUCCUCCAUUAACAGUGAGGGGCAUGCUGAAGACAUGAUCGUCACCCCUUUCGCUCAGGUGUUGGCCAGCCUCCGAUCUGUAAGAAGCAACUUCACCAUCCUCGCCAAUGUCACCACACCAACUAACAAGAGGUCGCCCGUCACAAGUCAACCGACCGUUCCCCAAGCAACCCUUUCUGAGGAGACAUACCAGCAGAUGGCCCGGGAAACACUGGAAGAGUUGGACUGGUGUCUGGACCAGCUGGAGACCAUUCAGACCCACCGCUCCGUCAGCGAGAUGGCCUCCAACAAGUUCAAGAGGAUGCUGAACAGAGAGUUGUCCCACUUGUCCGAGAUGAGUCGCUCAGGGAACCAGGUGUCCGAAUACAUCUCCACGACCUUUCUAGAUAAGCAGAACGAGGUGGAGAUCCCAUCCCCGACUUUGAGGGAGCGGGACAAGCCCAUGUGUCACAUCAGCGGCGUGAAGAAACUCACGCACAGUUCCAGCCUUUCAAACUCCACCUUGCCUCGCUUUGGCGUCAAGACUGAACAUGAGGAUGCGUUAGCCAGAGAGCUGAAUGACUUGAACAAGUGGGGCCUUAAUAUCUUUCGUGUGGCAGAGUUCUCGAACAACAGACCCCUGAGCUGUAUUAUGUUUGCCAUCUUCCAGGAGCGAGAUCUACUGAAGACUUUUCGCAUCCCAGUGGAUACGUUUGUCACCUACGUGAUGACGCUGGAGGACCAUUACCAUGCCAACGUGGCCUACCACAACAGCCUCCACGCCGCAGAUGUCACUCAGUCCACACACGUACUGCUGUCUACGCCGGCUCUAGAUGCUGUGUUCACUGAUCUAGAGGUCUUGGCCGCGUUAUUUGCGGCCGCCAUCCACGAUGUCGACCAUCCGGGAGUGUCCAACCAGUUCCUCAUAAAUACCAACUCGGAACUUGCACUGAUGUACAACGACGAGUCGGUUCUGGAAAACCACCACCUGGCUGUGGGCUUCAAGCUGCUCCACGAGGACAACUGUGACAUCUUCCAGAACCUUAGCAAGAGGCAGAGACAGAGCCUGAGGAAACUUGUCAUUGAUAUGGUUUUAGCAACAGAUAUGUCCAAACACAUGAGCCUGCUGGCAGACCUCAAGACGAUGGUGGAAACCAAGAAAGUGACAAGCUCGGGUGUUCUGUUGCUGGACCACUACACCGAUCGGAUACAGGUCUUGAGGAACAUGGUGCACUGCGCCGACCUGAGCAAUCCCACCAAGCCUCUGGCAGUGUACCGACAAUGGACGGAGAGAAUCAUGGAGGAGUUCUUCAGGCAAGGUGACAAGGAGAGGGAACGAGGGAUGGAGAUCAGCCCCAUGUGUGACAAGCACACCGCCUCGGUGGAAAAGAGUCAGGUUGGCUUUAUCGACUACAUCGUCCAUCCUCUGUGGGAGACCUGGGGGGACCUGGUGCACCCCGACGCCCAGGACAUCUUGGACACUCUGGAGGACAACAGGGACUGGUACCAGAGUACCAUCCCACAGAGCCCGUCGCCUCCUCCCGUGUGCCAGGACAAGGAGCUCAACGCCUGCGCGGACAAGUUCCAGUUCGAGCUCACCCUCGACGACGGUUCUCAGGCCGAGUGCGACGAGUGCGAGGCCGCGGCGUGCCCAAACCACGUGGAGCGAGACGGCGACAAAGGGGACGAGGGGGAGGACGUCCUGGCGGAAGAAGAGGAGGAAGAGGAGGAGAACGAGGACAUCAUCGAGGAGGAGGAGGACGACGAGGAGGUGGCGAUGGAGCAGGAGGAGGAGCAGGGCGAGGAGCAGAAAGGCGAGCCGGAGACCGAGUCCAAGAAGGAGAGACUUUCCGACACCAGUCCUGUAGAGGAAGAGGAGGAUUCUUCUUCGCAAGCCGACGAUACAUGAGUGCGGGCGGCUCUUGCGUCUCGGAGCCCUCCUCACUUGCACAUGUGAUCUGUUUUCAUCCUUUCACGAGGCCAAAAACCGAGAACAUUAAUAAUAAGAACCGCAGUGACUAAACAGACCUUUAAAUCUAUUUUUCAAAAAAAGGGAAUCAAGAGGAGUUCAUCACACAGCAACUGUAGAUGCAAAGUAGUGAGCGUUGGACAACAUGGUGUAGCACUCUGGGACGGGAAUGCACACAGAUAAACACACACUCGUUUUGAAUGCGGUGUGCGCACGCGCGCAUAUAUGCAGAAUAAUUUAGCAUCGCAGCCCCCCCCCCUCCCUCCCCCCUGGGCUGCUGUUUUCCUGCAAACACACACUUGACUGUAUGUUUGUAUGUGUGCAUUUACACAAGGGAUCGCUAACAAUGAUUCGUUUCUUGUUUUGUUUUGUUUUGGAAAAAGCCAUCUCUCAAUGGAGUGUUUAGUCCCUUUUAGCGAUUCAUGUUCAGUAGAAUCCCAACAGGAACUGUUCUCCUCAGCAAAGCGAGCAACUUUAAUUUUUAUUUUCCAUUUCUGUCGGAAAAGAAAAAUGAAGAAGUUGGACGUCACUGGGGGAAAUAUGGAUGUCCGGGCGCCCCGGGUCCCGUGCCCCUUUACGAGAAGAUGGCUCUGUGCCUUUCUGACUCACCGGCCUCCAGAAUGGAGAGCAGUGGUGAAGCAAUGCAUUGUGGGACAAGAGUGCGCGCGUGUGCUUUUUUUUGUUCUCACUUUUGAUUGUCCCCUUCGUGGAAGCUACUGUCCAUGCUUUUGUGGUGUGUCUGUGGUGACAUGUUUUCAGCUGUCAAGUCUUCCUUUGUUGCUCUUCUGCUGGUAUAACAGAGCAAUCAUAAUUACCAAACCCCCCCUCCCGCCAACUCUUAUUUCUUUCCUACUAUAUAUAAGCCAUGCGAUGCUUCGGUGCAUACGUUUUUGCCUUUAUUUUCUAUUUAACAGUGUGAGGAAGAUUGGAUUAUUAUGCCAUCAGCGGAUCAAUUUUGCGCCGCGCCCGCUCGCACUGUGUUCAAGUCCUCAUACAAUGAUCACCAAAGUUGACGAGUAAAGAUUAUGGGAAAAGGAAUUCAGGAAUGUUGGUCUGGAAAUCCCUUGUAGUUUUAUUUUGAUGUCAAACCACUUCACGUACACGCCCACUUAUUCAUUAGGGAGUCAAGCUAAUUCCAUAGAGGUGGUCACUGCUAAAAGGUCGAUUGUCCUUAUUAUGUUUUUUUGCCUUAAUGUCGGAAGCAGGAUUUAUAGUUGCCGCGAUACGUAGAGGAGGAAAUACAUCCUACUAUAGUUUUGUCUAUGUACUUGUUUGUUUCAAUACAUUGGUCAGUUAUUUACAGUAUGUUGUGGCUGUGCUCUGACCAACACGAAGAAUGUUUUUGUUGUUGAAAUCACUACCUUGCAGCUAUCACGUAGAUGGAAUCAUUGUGUUGUGUAUUAGUGAGCGUUUAAGCGGGGUACAUAUAUUUUGAUAAUUGGGCUGAACUGAGCCUGUCCCCCCCCACACACACAAUAAAAAUGACAAGUUAGCCUCCGCAUUGCAGUUGCCAUAGAAGCUAACCAUUAGCUUAGCUUCUUCUGUUUAUUUCUUCUUUGUAUUUUCCCGUCACGUGUGGAUGUCUCUGACGUUUUAAUAAUUAGUCAGCCCGUUUGUACCCUGCUUUUGAAUGACUUAAUCAUGGUUGCGCGACAGUUUGAGAAAAUAAGGCCUAAAAUGAUGUUCAAUGUAUCGUUGCCCACUUUUUUUUUUUUUUUUUUUUAAAAAACGUUUUCACAGGGUAAAAAGCAAAAGAUGGUGAAAGGUGGCGAGAGAGCAGAUUCUGCAGGUCAGAAACUAAGCUCUUUCUUCUGUGUGAGUGUAACCACGGGAAUAUGGAGAAACAAGCAUUAACACGACAUUCCCAUACAGUAUGCACUGGCCUGUUCACUUUCAGUAAAAUUAAUAAUUUUCUUUGGGUGGCUUCUUCUUGUGAUGUCAUAUAGCUAUAAAAAAAAAGUUACUAUUUAAUUGCCAUACAAACACAAUACUGUAGCAAAUUGUUUCUUAUUAAUAAGAUUAUUCAGUGGAUUGAUUGCUGCCAUUCUUUUUCAAAAUGACGAAAAAGAAAACCGCGGGAAGUCUGUUUUCUUUGAACAGUUUGUGUACAGUUUAUUUUUAUAUCAUUCCGGUGGCUGGUGAGAGGGGCAAAAUAAAAAGAAGAAUCACAUAGGUGUAAGCAUAAUCACUCUUGUAUAUAAUGUAUAUUGCAUUGUAAAUGAUUGAACAAUACAAACACACUGCAGGCCACAACCUUCACCUCUUCAGUAUGUUCUUGUUUGCCUGUACCGUCACCUCUUUGUUGUUCAAAUAUACGUGUACCAGCACUUUAUUUCACCAGGCUCGGAGGCAGAGUUUCAAGUUGUGUGUGUGUGUGUGGUGUGUGAGUGUGUGGUCUGAGCUGGGUGGGGGUUUCACCAUUAAUUCUGCUAUUCUAAUGGGCCAAAUCACAAACCCUCAAUGUAGAGUCAAAACGCUUAUCCACCCGCCGCGUGAGAAUUAAUUAAUUUGACAUGUAAAGUCAAAACUUGAGCGGCUAUAUUGUAGUCACACAAUAUGUGACGCGUAUACAGAUAAUAAGUGUGUCCUUAUCUAUUUUGACCAUUCGUUUCUAGCACUAUCACCUCCUCUUGUUUCUUAGUAACUUUAACUAAUAGCCUGCUUGUCAGGUUGGAGUGAUGCAGACUGACUCGCUCUAAAGAGUAUUUUUGUUAGCUUUAAUUCACGUGUGUGACUGUGUGCGACUGUGUUUGUGUGUGUGUGUUUUCACUAAAGGGGUAGAAAUUAUACAAGGGGGUAAAGAUAACACGAAAUGAUUGUAAUAUUUGUAAAUUAUCUCGCUGUAACAUGCAAAAUGUGUCCAGUUAUUUUUUAUCUUUAUGAAAGUUUUUUUUUCCUCUUAAAAGAGCCGAGGUGUCAUUUUGUGAAUAAACACAUUUAUUAAGCAAAUACCUAUAUAUAAAUAAAAAAAUGACAGUAUAUCAGUAUAUAUUUUUUUUUAUUUCACUGUCCAGUACUGUAAAGUGUGUUAGAAAUACAAUAAAGGUCGAUUUUUAUAUUACAUGGUA